AUGUGCUUCGGAAGCGGCAACAAGGAUGACCCCGAUGCCAAGAAGAGCAAGGAGAUAGAGAAGCAGUUGCGCGAGGACCAGAAGCGACUGGCCAAGGAGGUCAAACUCCUACUGCUCGGUGCGGGAGAGUCCGGCAAGUCGACUGUCCUCAAGCAGAUGCGAUUGAUACACACCAAAGGUUUCUCCUCGCAAGAACGGAAACAAUGGAAGGUCACCAUCUUCCAAAAUCUGCUGCAUGCAUUCCAAGUCGUCUUCGGCGCCAUGGAAGAGCAGGAGGUCGACUUCGCAGAGGACAGCAAUAUUAGAUACGCCGAAAUCAUUGCCGCCGAUCCAGACAUCGGUCCUGAUGAUCCUAUGCCCAUCGACUGUCUCAACGCAUUCAAAAGCUUGUGGCGCGAUGCGGGUGUGCAGCUUGCCAUCAAGAAGGGCAACGAAUACGCUUUGCACGACAACCUGACUUACUACUUUGCUGAUGUCGAACGCCUUUUUGCCAAAGACUUUUUGCCAACUGACCAGGACAUCCUGCGCGCUCGCUUACGAACAACCGGCAUCAGCGAGACCAUCUUCGAGACUGGCAGCCUCACCUACCGCAUGUUCGACGUUGGAGGACAGAGAUCAGAACGAAAGAAGUGGAUCCACGUCUUCGACAAUGUGCAGGUAGUUCUUUUCCUGGUUGCGAUCAGUGGUUACGAUCAUGUUCUCGUGGAGGAUCGAAACGGCAACCAAAUGCACGAAGCUUUGAUGCUAUUCGAGAGCAUUGCGAACAGCAAGUAUUUCGAAAAGUCCGCUCUGAUCCUCUUCCUCAACAAGAUCGAUCUUUUCCGAGAAAAAGUGCAGUCGGGCCAGGCACCCAUUUCAGAGCACUUCCCGGACUAUACGGGUGGUGAUAGGGAUGUUGAGGCCGGGCAGCAAUUUUUUGCGACCAAAUUCCGCAACCUCGUGAGAGACCCACAGAAGGAAGCCUAUGUCCACUUUACCAACGCGACCGAUACAAAUCUCCUGGACAAGACCAUGAAGAGCGUUCAAGAUAUGAUUGUGCAGCGCAACCUGCACAACUUGAUGCUGUGA